AUGGGCUCAUCUAGUAACCAUCACCAUCCAGAGGAGCAUUCUCCGUCAUCUCUCGUCGAAUCCACCGAUCUAGCUGAAACGAUGAGUGGUCCAACUAGAGCCGUGGGAGGAGGUUUUCCCAGUAAAGCUGACGGCGAAACUCCCAGGAAUCUUGAAAAAGCCGGUGAAUCUACUUCUCCUCCCGGCUCUGCUGAACGGCCGGAAGUAUCAGGCGAUGUCGGGAAUGAGCUGAACGAGACGGUUGCCAGUCAAGCAGACGGCGAGGUUGCCGGUCAGUCAGGAAGUGAAGACGGAAGCCGUCGCCGAACUCCGUUUACGGAGAAUAGCCAGUUGGAGGCCGACUUGGCUCUCGCUCGUGCGAUUCAGGAACAGGAGUGUGCUUUUAUGAUGCUUUACCACCAGCAAGCAUUAGCAGCAGCGUCGGCGUCAGCCUCCGGCUCUCGCGCUGGUUCUAGAGGCAGCUCCAGACGGCUUCAAGGCCGUCAAGACCGUCAAGACCGUCAGGACCGUCAGACAGGCUCGUCGGUAGAUAAUCCCAUUGUGCUGCUGAGCGAGGGAGAGGAGCUCGAAGCAGACGAUCCCGAUGACGAGGAGGAAUUCGCGGAUGCGGACGACGAUGAGUACGGCGAAUGGGAGGAAGCCAGCGAAGACGAUGGCGAAACGGGCGAAGACGGCGAAAUGGGUGAAACUGGCGAAAGAGGAGGCGAGGCUGCGAACGAAGUCUGUCGCGAGUCGAGUAGCGCCAGAAGUACGUCGCUGCAGCGACAGCUGUUUCAGAACGGCGGCAGCGAAGCCGAGACCUCUGGGAACCCGUCAGGUGUCCUCAGGGGAGAAGCAGCGCGGCAGGGAGCUGGGGAAGGAGAGGAAGGGAGUGCAGGAGGGGAGGCAGGGGAGGGAGGGGAAGGAGCGUACGAGGACGACGAAGCGUUUGCUCGUGCGUUGCAGGAGGAGGAAGAGCGCGAGAUGGCGCGCAGGCUGUUCGCCAUGGCUGGGCUGCAACUGAGCGAUGGUCGAGGGUCUAGCUCGAGGAGAAGAGCGGAGAUGUUAGCAGCAGCGCAUGGCGUCGCGUGGCCUUUCGGCGAGGGAGAGGGCGAUGAAGAGUCGGAGGAGGAGGAUUCAGAGGAGGAGGAUGGGCAGGACGAGGAUGCACUGGACGUGGACGAGAUGACGUACGAGGAACUGACUGCUCUGGGAGAGGUGAUUGGAACAGAGAGCAAGGGGCUGGCACAAGCAACCAUCAACGCACUGCCACGUGUCGCAUACAGCACCAAGAGCCCUCUGAGGCGAGGCGAGGACAUGUGUGCCAUUUGCCAACUGGAAUAUGAAGAAGGGGAGGAGUUGCUGCUGCUGCCACCAUGCCACCAUUCAUAUCACGAGGCCUGUGUCCUCCAAUGGCUGGGGCGGAACAAGGUUUGUCCUGUCUGCAAGGAGGAGUCGGCGCGCAGGCAAGAGGAGCCGGAUCACGCGGCGGCCAUGCAACAUGAUGACGUCAUCUGGGGCCUUGUCGGGAAGGGUCCCUGCAGUUACCGAGUCAAGCAGCAAACGGACACGUUCUGCAGACACCCGUUCAACCUGAACGCCAUCUGCAAACGUGGCGUGUGCCCAUUGGCCAACAGCCGCUACGCUACAGUGCGCGAACACGACGGCGAGCUGUUUCUCUACAUGAAGACCAUUGAGAGAGCACACAUGCCCAACAAAUUGUGGGAGCGCGUGAAGCUUCCAAGAAACUACACCAAGGCACUGGAAGCCGUGGAUAAGUUUCUGCAAUGGUGGCCGCCCCGCAUGGUCUCGCUGGUGAAGCUCCGGUUGACUCGGUUGACUCAGUACCUCAUCCGCAUGCGCCGACUGGCUGUGAAGAUACAGCCCAAGCUGGUGACGAUGCCGACAAAAAUGAGAAAGAGGGAUGAGAAGAGGGAGGCCAAGGCAGAAACGGCCGCCAAGAUUGACAGAGCGAUUGAGAAGGAACUGCUGCAGCGGCUACAGAGCGGAACAGGGAAGGGGGCUGCUGCAGGCAAAGCCGGAAGGAGAAGACACAUCGAGCUGGAAUACGAGGAGGAGCGGGAGCAGGCACAUGCAUACAACUUCUGA